AACAGUCACAUUCAUUUAGGGAAUAUCUGGGGCUCUACUGCUAAAUGCUUCACUGUUUUCAUCAGCUUGGGCUUUUUGUCCACUGCAGGCUGCUACUGCUGGAAAUAGAAAGAUUGGUGACCGCCGUGAGACUCAAUUAGAAAAUGUUGAUGGUGUUAAAACCACAAGCAGACAAACUGUGAAGCAGAAGGGAAGUCUGUUCCUCAUUCACUGACACCUUUCACUCAGUUGGCAGUUUCUUUUUUACCAGCUGACAAUUUCGGACCCCUUCUUGGUUCCAUGCUAAACCAGAGGAUGUUUCCCCAUAAUGACAAGAGAUGUCUGGAUCUCAAUCUCUCACCACUCUGGUCCAAUCAAUUGGAUUCACCAGUUUUGCAAUAACAAACGCAUUGUGUUAUUACUUUGAGAAAAAAUUGGAUGAUAGAAGUAAUUCAUUUGAGCGACAUAACAAAAUGUGGAGGUUUGAAUAUUUUCUGACUUCACACCAAGAUAUAAACUAGACUGACUUUAAAUUUGAGUCCUGCCACUGUCAAGAUAGAUUGAUUUAUACGCAUUUAUCUAUCAGAUUCCUCCCAGGAGUUUAUUUUUAAGCAAAAACACCUGAUCAAUGCAGUCUUGUCCCGCACACAAAUGUCAUCCUUCCCCAGAUGAUGUGACCACAGGUUCGCAUGUAAAUGAGCAGUUAGAGGAGCUUGUAUCCUGCCAUUGAUAAGCAGACCUUGUGGAAAUAAGAACAAACGGGGAUUCACCGGUGCCUUCCAAUAAUCUCCAGUUUGUGUUACUGCGUUUAGUUCCACAUGAAGCCGACUGAGAAACAAGGCAGAGCAUUGUUGUGUCCUUGUGUCCCUUCUCAUGGCACAGUGGUUCAAAAGGAGGUGGGAGGUAGAGAAGCUCUACAUUUGGCCAAAGAAAGCAACCAGGACUGAACUUUAGGCUUCACUAUGGAGCGGCAGGACUUUUUUGGGAGGCUUUUAGAAUAAAGCAACGAUGGAGGACGCAGACGAUGACAUAGCCGUUAUCGGGAUUGGAUGCAACUUCCCCGGAGGUGAAGGGUUGGACAACUUCUGGAGGGUCUUGUUGGAGGGAAAGAACUGUGUCGUAGAUAUUCCACCUGAGAGGUUUGACACCACAUUUUGGUACGAUGCCGAUGGUUGCAAACCAGGAAAGACGCAAACAACCAAAGCAGCUCUCAUAGAAGGCUUCAAUGAAUUUGAUCACAAGUUUUUCGGCAUUACUGAAGCAGAGGCUGAAUUCAUGGACCCUCAGCAGAAACUCCUCCUGCAGUGCACAUACAGGACAUUAGAAGAUGCAGGAAUGUCCAUGGAGAUCAUCAGCGGAAGCAGAACUGGAGUUUACAUGGGUCUUAUGAACAGGGAUUACGAGAUUCUUCAGAGCGACAGUCCGUCAACCAUAUCCCACUACAAUGGCACGGGGGCGGCCAUGAGUGUGGCUGCCAAUAGACUCUCCUUUACCUUCAACCUCACUGGCCCUUCUCUUGCUAUUGACACGGCCUGUUCUUCCUCUUUGGUGGCUCUGCAUUUAGCCUGCCAGGCUAUAAAACACGGAGACUGUGGGAUGGCUCUUUGUGGAGGCGUCAGCUGCAUCAUUGAGCCGAGAGUGUUCGUUGCUCUCAGCAAGGCGAAGAUGAUCUCACCUGAAGGAACCAGCAAACCUUUCUCCAGCAGAGCGGAUGGCUACGGUAGAGGAGAGGGCUGCGGGGUCGUCCUCCUCAAGCCUCUGAAAACUGCGAUGAAAGACUGCAACAAAAUUUGGGGUAUCAUCAGCAAAACAGCGGUCAACCAAGACGGGCACUCGGUCACUCCGAUCACCAAACCCUCCGCCACCCAGCAAGAGGAACUCCUGCGUCGGGUCUACUCGGAGUCGGACGUGGCAAACGUCUGGUACAUAGAGGCGCAUGGCACCGGCACUCCAGUCGGAGAUCCAACGGAGGCGGUAAGCAUUUCAAACGCCAUCGCUAAAGCCAGACCCCCUGGUGCGGAGACCCUGCGGAUCGGCUCCGUGAAGGGCAACAUCGGACACACGGAGUCGGCCGCCGGAGUGGCCGGGCUCAUCAAGGUUCUGCUGAUGAUGAAGCACGAGACCAUCGUCCCCUCGGUUUUCUACUCGGAAGACAAUGCCAGUGUAGACGUGAAGGCUUUGAGUAUAAGUAUUCCGGUUAAAGCCGCAAGAUGGGAAACGGCGGGGUCGCUGGGGAGGCUCGCCGGGGUCAACAGCUUUGGUUUUGGAGGCACAAAUGCACAUGUGAUUGUAAGAGAGUACAUAAAGACUACUGUGCCCACUCAGAUCCCCAAAAGCUGUCCAAAACUCUUUGUGAUAUCUGCAGCCUGUGCGGAAUCGCUGAUCCUGUCCAUCACCGACACCCUCCAGAGGCUUUGCCGUAAUCAAUUAGUCGAUCUACAGGCACUUUCAUACACUUCAGCAUGUGGAAGGAGUCAUUCCAGACACAAAUACCGGAAGGCCUUUCCAACAUCUUCCCUCCCAGAUUUAGAACAACAGCUGACAUCUGCGUUGAAGACAAAUGCCGAUUCUGUCAUGUCUGACAUCCAGGUGGUGUUUGUGUUUUGUGGGAAUGGGGUUGCUUACAGGGGCAUGUGCAAGUGCCUCCUGAGAGAAAAUACAAUUUUCAGAGACACGGUCACCGCCGUUGAGAAUCUCUUUCAAAGCCAUAAAAGCGUCAGCAUCAGCCAAUGGAUUGCUGGUGAAUUCGAUCGUGACGUUCUCAAUCAGCCAGAUGUUGUCCAGCCUCUUCUUUUUGCCAUUCAGGUGGGCAUCGCCGCUCUCCUAAAGAACUGGGGCGUCAAACCUGACGCCGUGAUCGGGCACUCCGUCGGUGAGGUUGCUGCCGCUCACUGUUCUGGACUGUUGUCUCUCGAGGACGCCGUGAAAGUGGUGCACCACCGCAGUACCCUUCAGAGCGAGGUCACCGGAGGGAAAAUGCUCGUUGUCGGUAAUUGGGCUGUUGAAAACGUGUUAAAAAUCCUUCCAGAGUUUUCUGGGAAAAUUUGUGUUGCUGCUUUCAACAGCCCCCGGUCCUGCACCCUGUCAGGGGAGGCAGCUGCUGUGGACACCCUUCAUCGGAGGUUGAAGAUGUUGACGGAAGAAAGUCUCUUCCUCCACGAGUUGGAUGUGCCGGCAGCAUACCACAGCCAUAUGAUGGAUCCUAUCCUAGAGGACAUUGAGAAAAUUAUCGGGCCCUUGGGUGUCAACAACGACCAAGAGUGCAAACUCUUUUCAACGGUGACAGGAGGCAGGUGUUCUGAUGGUGACUUCAGAACAGGAAGCUAUUGGGCUAGGAACAUUCGAGAACCUGUCUUAUUUGAGCAAACACUGCGCGCUGCCACCAGGGACAUGCACUCAAGGGCAAAUGUAGUAUUUGUAGAGAUUGGACCUCGUAGGGCUCUGCAAAGAAGCAUUCAUGAAACUUUGGGGGAAAACGCCACCGUCCUUUCCUCCGUCCAGCCAGAGAAAGAUUCCGACACAAUCUUGUCUACUGUGGGUAAAUUGUUUGAGAUGGGCGUCAGUGUGGACUGGCAUCAGCUCUACAGGGGUUGUGAGACAUUGCCCACAGCACUUCCAGUCUAUCAGUUCAUCAACACGAAAAAAGUGUUGAAUUUCAACGCUUUGAGAAAAGGUGAAAACUCAUCUGCGCUCCGUCCACGUUCCCUGAUAUCCCGAACAAAGCCGGAUAACAAAGAGUACGUGUGCAACCUCUCCUUGGACACCGCCCCAUAUCUGUGGGAGCAUAAAAACGGCGGCGUUUCCAUUGUGCCGGGCGCGUUCUAUGUUGAGCUAGCUUAUGCCUCCGUGAUGGCAAGUUCAAGGCCCAAGAAACCGGUUUCUCAGCUCCGGCUGAGUCUGAGGUUUGAGAGUCUGUUUACACUUAACUCAAACCUUCACCAGUUGAAAGUGACACUGGAUCAUGCAGAGAAUGGAGCUUCAUUUAAAAUACAUUCUUCUGCUGCGACACACACCUCCGGCACAUGCGCGUUUACAGAUGGCCAACUGCUGUUGGAGGAACCAACUAUCUGUCUCGACAUGAUCUACCAAAGGUGCAAAUUGGUUAUGAAGAGAAAGGAGAUUUAUUCAAUUCUUACUGUGGUGGGAUUUGAAUAUGGCGCUGUCUUCAAACAGCUUGAUGAAGUGCAUUUCGGAGAUGAAUUCAAGGAAGCUGUGACGGCAAUCAAGGCACCCGAUGAACUUGUGCAACACCUUCAUGAGUAUUUUAUCCACCCUGUGUUAUUGGACUAUUUCUUGCAAAUGACUGCCGUUGUAGCUAUUGGCCGGCUAACAGCAAAGCAGGGAUUCCCCUCAGCCAUUGGUGGAAUUGCCAUAUCAGGACCAUUGCAAGAGAAAAUGGUCAUGUACUUGCGAGCCACUCAACAAACCCCUGACUUCCUGGAUGUGUGUGGUAGCAUUUCCACCCCAGCGGGCCAUGUACUGGUGGAGCUUACGGGUGUGAGGAUCUCGUUUUUGGGCGAUCGCUCAAAUGCUCUUCAGUCACGGUUCUUCCAUAAUGAAAUAACUCCAAUUCCCGAAAUUGGAGACUUGCAAAAUCGCAAAAUAAAAGCAAUAGUCUUUGAAGACAAACUUGGCAUAGCUGAAAGGCUUAGGCCAUACCUACACGCAGAGUCGGCUCUUGUGGAGAGCAGAGAGCAUUGGAUGGCAGACCAAAUCCGUGAUUUAUUGCUCGGGCUACUUACCAGCGCUGAUAUAGAAAACAUUCUCUUCAUCUGGGGUGCAGAGGACCUCAGUCACUUGUCGUCUGAGAAGAUACUUGACUGCUCGGCGAGUUGCUGCGAGCUGUUUCGCCAGAUUGUUUUAGCCUCGAAGGAGAGCGAACGCUGCUGCACCGUCCGCGUCAUUACCUACCGAUCGACGGAAGCGCUCGUGGACCGCGUCAGUCCGGGCCUCGUCCUGUCUGGUAUGACGAGGGCUUGUUCGGCGGAGAUGCCGGAUGUCUCCUUUCAACUGAUUGACCUUGCCUCCGCGACCAGCGAAGACGUCGAAAUGCUGGUUUGCGUGAUAAACACCUGCAAAGAGCGAGAGGUCACGAUCAGCAAAGGCCAAGCGUCAACAACCAGGAUAGAGCGGACGACGCCCGCGGGGGGCGGGGCUUCGCGUGAAGGCGGCACGCACUCAGCGCGCGAGAGCGACUUUAUUCUGCAGACAGCUGAUCCAUACAGAGCGGCUCGCUUGUCGGCCAUCCCCCAAGACACCAAUGCAGCUGUUGUCCAAGAGAACUCAGUUGAGAUUCAGCUGACCAACGUGUGCGUGCAUUCGUCUGAUUACUUUCCCGUCACCACGUCGCAUUGGAACUUUGGAAAGACGCUGUAUUGGAACAAGCACGCACCACAAAACCACAGCCUUCUCGCUUUAGAUUUUAGCGGCGUUGUAACGGCUGUCGGGAAACAUGUUCACAAUCUAAGAGCGGGAGAUUGUGUCGCUUCGUGUUAUCCAGUCGCCGCCACGGCAAAGAUUAGGAUUCCCGAAAAGGUGUGCUUCAACACAGAAAGACUCCCAUUUCUGAAAGACGCCCCAUGUGUGUCCUACUUCGUACUUGCAUGGGAGAUCCUGCAGAAAAUCCUUUAUAAGGUAAAACCGCAGCACAGGAAGCUGACCAUCAUCUCCUCCAACUCGGCGUCGACUCUGGUGAAAGUUUUGGCCCUGUCGGCAAACCGGUCCGGCUGGAAUGUUUCCUCUCGGUCACAUUCCAGAGGAGAAGCGCUUUGUUUGGAUCAGUCGCAUGCAUUUGUUCUUCUUUCCCUGUGCGAUGGCUCUUGGGACGAGAUGCAUGAGAACGGAAGUCUCGACAGACAUGUCAUUUUUGUGAAUGGCGGUCACAUGUCACAUGUCAGCAUGUUCGCACUGGAGCGUGGACACAUCCAUGUCCAUAGACUCAAUGUCGCUGAUGUUCUCCAGAGAGCCAGUCUGGAAAUGCACAACAGGGAGAUCUCUAAUUGGCUGUUGUCAUUAGGGUUUGAUACAGUAUCUCUACCUUUGAAAAGAGAGACCUUUUCAUCACCGGGCGUAGAAGAGUCCUACUUCACAAAGAAUACGGUGCAGCAAGUUGUUCUAAAUGAUGGAGAACCUGACUGUCAAGCGUCAGACAUCCCUUUGCUCACAGGGUCUGGCCAACUAUUUAAACAAAGUUGUGUUUACAUUGUCACCGGAGGGCUCUCUGGUUUGGGAUUUGAGACGGUAAAGUUCAUUACCCACAACGGGGGAGGUUGUAUUGCAACUCUGUCCAGAAGUAGUCUGACCGACGAGAUGCGGUUUGAAAUGGAACUCCUCCAGAGAAGGCACGGGGUGACCAUCGUGAACGUCAAAUGUGACGUUUCUGUGUGGACGCAGGUGGCGGACGCCUUCUCCAACAUCAAACAAAGGUUCCCUUCUUGUCCAAUCCGAGGAGUGUUUCACAGUGCUGCAGUGUUACACGAUGCGUUGAUCGAAAACCUCGACGAGCCCCUCUUCCGAAAGGUGCUGCGGCCUAAAGUGAGUGGGGCUUUGAACCUUCACCGAGCAACGCUGGCCAACCAACUGGAUUUCUUCGUGUGCUACUCCUCCAUCUCUUCGUUCAUCGGCAACGCCUCCCAAUGCAACUACGCCGCCGCCAAUUCUUUCCUCGACACGUUCUGUCAUUACAGGAGACACCUUGGACUCGCCGGUCAGUCCAUCAACUGGGGCCCUCUGAACCUCGGGCUCCUGUUGAACAAAGACCAUUUCCAACGGUUCCUGGAGACAAAAGGAAUGAUGACAAUGGAUGUGUGCGACGUCCGGGAGGCCCUUAAGCUGUGUCUUUGGAUGAACAGACCGCAACAAGUCAUCUGCAAGUUCAACUUCAAAAAUCUCCACGUUCAUGUCCUGUCACAGAACGUGUCCCUCAGAGAGCGUCUGUCGCCGCUGGUGGAGGCGGAACUAAAAGAGGAACUAAGCGAUCAGCGCAGGGUCCGUUUGUCUUCCGCGUUUGACAGCGUGAGAGCGAUUGUCAGUGACAUCAGCAACGUUGGCGUGGACGAGCUGGGCAAGGACAUGGCUCUGUGUGCAUUGGGCAUCGACUCCAUGUUGGCCAUGACUCUGCAGAAUAAGAUUUUCCAAGAGACGGGUGUCAACGUAGCUUUGGUUAGAAUACUGGACCCCAACUGCACAGUCUCCACUCUGGAAGCUCUCGUAAAGAAUAAUGGAUCAUUUCAAUGAGCUGCAUCAAAAAAUACUUUGGAUUAA